AUGGUGCAGAUCAAGGGUCAUGGAGGCCAUGUCAGGAAGAUCAGUCUCCUGGUGGAGACCAUUCAAGAAUAUUCCAUUCCCUUAGCUCAUUUGGCCUGGUGGGGUAACGAAAUGUUUCACAUCCAACCCUCACACCCAGCCCUCACAACCAGCCCUCACAUCCAGCCCUCACACCCAGCCCUCACAUCCAACCCUCACACCCAGCCCUCACACCCAGCCCUCACAUCCAGCCCUCACAACCAGCCAUCACAUCCAGCCCUCACACCCAGCCCUCACACCCAGCCCUCACACCCAGCCCUCACAUCCAGCCCUCACACCCAGCCAUCACACCCAGCCCUCACACCCAGCCAUCACAUCCAGCCAUCACACCCAGCCCUCACAUCCAGCCCUCACAUCCAGCCCUCACACCCAGCCAUCACACCCAGCCCUCACACCCAACCCUCACACCCAGCCCUCACAUCCAGCCCUCACACCCAGCCCUCACAUCCAGCCCUCACACCCAGCCAUCACAUCCAGCCCUCACACCCAGCCAUCACACCCAGCCCUCACACCCAGCCCUCACACCCAGCCCUCACAUCCAGCCCUCACAACCAGCCCUCACACCCAGCCCUCACAUCCAGCCAUCACACCCAGCCCUCACAUCCAGCCCUCACACCCAACCCUCACACCCAGCCCUCACACCCAGCCCUCACAUCCAGCCCUCACAACCAGCCCUCACACCCAGCCCUCACACCCAGCCCUCACAACCAGCCCUCACACCCAGCCCUCACAUCCAGCCCUCACAACCAGCCCUCACACCCAGCCCUCACAUCCAGCCCUCACACCCAGCCCUCACACCCAGCCCUCACACCCAGCCCUCACAUCCAGCCCUCACACCCAGCCAUCACAUCCAGCCAUCACACCCAGCCCUCACACCCAGCCCUCACAUCCAGCCCUCACACCCAGCCCUCACAUCCAGCCAUCACACCCAGCCCUCACAUCCAGCCCUCACACCCAACCCUCACACCCAGCCCUCACAUCCAGCCCUCACAUCCAGCCAUCACACCCAGCCCUCACAUCCAGCCCUCACACCCAACCCUCACACCCAGCCCUCACACCCAGCCCUCACACCCAGCCCUCACAUCCAGCCCUAACACAGCCCUCAUACCCAGCCCUCACACCCAGCCCUCACACCCAGCCCUCACAUCCAGCCCUCACACCCAGCCCUCACACCCAGCCCUCACACCCAGCCCUCACACCCAGCCCCCACACCCAGCCCUCACACCCAGCCCUCACACCCAGCCCUCACACCCAGCCCUCACACCCAACCCUCACACCCAACCCUCACACCCACCCCUCAUUCUCAUCCCUUACCUUAACCCCCCACCCCACCCCACCACCCCCAGCCCUUGCUUACAUCUACCCCUCACCACCUCAGAGAGAGACGAACUGUGUGACAUCAAGCUACUGAAGAAAGUUGUCCCAACCAGUACAGGAAGCAGCGCCCUCUCACAGUCGGCAUUUGACCCGUGUGUGAACUCCAAUAUCAGAUCACAAGACUACCCAUUCAGCCAAUCAGCAUGA